AACUCCACAUCCACCGGAUUCGGAGCUCGACAUGCGUCGUCCUCCCUCCCCCAGCCUACAAUGCAACCUCCCCUCCUCCUCUUCCUCUCCUUUUGAUCGUCGUCGCACCAUGUGUUGAAAGAUGAGGGGCCCCAUUUGAAGAUUCAAGCUCUUGGCUUGCUUGAAGGCGCCGCUGAAGUCGAAGAGGGGGAGCUGUUGUAGAUAGGUUUUCGUGGAAGAGAAUUCGCCGAACGAGUUUGAGAAGAAUGGGGGGUCGAUGGAAUCUGUUCCGUUUCCAUUUACACAAGGUGUUAUGCGUGGUCCUGAUGAUCCACCUCCUCGGCGAUGAGUGCUUGUCGAUCAACCUCGAAGGGUUAUCGCUGUUGGAAUUCCGUUCGAGAGUGGAGUCUGAUCCUUACGGGGCAUUGCAGAAUUGGAAUCCCAGCGACGACGACCCCUGCAAUUGGACCGGUGUUCAUUGCGCCGAUGGUAAAGUAGUCACGUUGAACCUUAAAGAAUUUUCUCUGCGAGGAAUUUUGGCACCUGAGCUUGGGAAUCUCAGUCACCUGAGAGCUCUUGUACUUUACAGAAACAAUUUUUAUGGUGUCAUCCCUAAGGAGAUUGGAGGACUAACCAUGUUGGAGCUCUUAGACUUGAGGAACAACAUGCUAAAUGGUACAAUUCCCAAGGAGAUUGGAGAAAUUCUCUCUCUCAAGCAUCUUCUGCUUUGCCAUAACAAGUUGCAAGGCAACACACUUCUGAUCCAAAAUCCUAACAUGCACUUUGAUCUGAUGCAUGAUCAGAACCUUUCUUGUGAUAUGGCUAAUAAUCUGGGUCAUGUUAACAGGAAAGUUAAGAAUUGCUUCUGGGAGACUGGUUGGCAAACGCUGAAGAAAUUUAACUCCUUUCUGAUCCCAUUUGAAGGAAGAAUUAUACAGAUCCUUGAUAUUUCACCCCUAAGAGUUUUGCUUCCAAGCCUUAGAUCUGAAGGAAGUCUUGCGGAUGGACAAAAGGAAAGAAACAAUUAUUUAGCCACUGGUUUUGGUGAGCCAUAUAUAGCAUCAAAUGUACAUGUACCAACUGCACGCCGUAGGCUGGUUGAAGAAACCAGAAACCUCCCUGCUGCUCCUGGAAGCAAUGGUCCUGUACUUCAAGCUGUCACUGUUCCACCUAUUGCAAGUGGUUCAUUUCCUGCAAUAAGAGAUAAAUCUAAACUAAAGCCAGCCCCAGCUCCUAUACCUCCUCAAACUCCAGCACCUGUUUCUCCUUCGAAAACUCCUCCUGAAUCAACACCGACAAAGCCUACGGAUUCUGCUGGGAAUGAUAUUCCGUUGAACAAAAAAUCAGCAACAUGGUUAUACGUUCUUGUUCUUCCGGCAGCUGCUUUGCUUCUUACCCUGGUGACAUGCAUGUUUUUGGUUUGCCGCAGCAAGAAUUCAUCUACUAUAGGUCCUUGGAAAACUGGCCUAAGUGGUCAGUUACAGAAGGCAUUUGUAACAGGGGUACCAAAAUUAAAGCGCCCAGAGCUUGAAGCUGCUUGUGAGGAUUUCAGCAAUAUUGUUGUCAGCUAUCCAGAUUUCACAAUCUACAAGGGAACAUUAUCAAGUGGGGUCGAGAUAGCAGUAGUAUCGACCACCAUCACAUCUACCGAUGAUUGGUCAAGGCAUUCAGAAUUUCUUUUCAGGAAAAAGAUAGACACGCUGUCUCGUAUGAAUCACAAGAACUUUGUCAACCUCCUCGGUUACUGUGAGGAGGAUGAGCCAUUUAUGAGAAUGAUGGUCCUUGAAUAUGCACCUAAUGGCACACUCUAUGAGCAUCUUCAUGUAGAAGAAUUUGAGCAACUUGAUUGGAGUGCUAGAAUGAGGAUAAUUAUGGGGAUGGCCUACUGUAUCCAGCACAUGCAUGAGCUGAACCCAUCCGUGCCCCAUCCCAACCUGCAGUCGAGCUCGAUCCUCGUAUCAGAGGAUUUUGCUGCCAAGAUUGCGGAUGUCAGUGUUUGGAAAGAAAUUGUCAGCGAGGGAAAGACAAAUGGAGACGAUGACCUUGAUCCCUCUGAAUCCCUUUCUGCAGAUCCUGCAGGCAAUGUUUAUAGUUUUGGAAUCCUGUUGUUAGAAAUAGUUUCUGGAAAGGUUCCAUAUUCUGAAGAACAAGACUCCCUUCUGAACUCGGUUGUGGAGUACCUCAAUGGUAAUGGUGGUGUUGGCUCCUUGGUUGAUCCCAGUUUGAAGACCCAUAAAGAAGAGGAACUAGUGAUCAUUUGCGAGAUCAUCCAAGCUUGCAUCAAUCCCGAGCCGAGCAAGAGGCCGACCAUGAAGGAAGUUACUUCUAAGUUGAGGGCAGUGAUUGCGAUUUCACCCGAAGCAGCCACACCAAGACUCUCUCCACUUUGGUGGGCAGAACUCGAGAUCCUGUCGGUCGAAGCGAGCUGAUCCCCCUGAAAUUUCGUGUUGCUCCAUCCAAACCCGGACCUCUUUGUAGAACUACGCGGCAACUUUCUUGUAUAUUGGUCGUCCAUCGUCAUGUGAACCUCAAUGUGCUCAUCUUCCUGCUCUUUGUUGUACGGUUGAACCAUCGGAGAUCCAUCAUCCUCUUUCUUUAGCCAUAGUGUUCAAUUGUGAACCAGGGGUCUUCCGCAGUCUAUAGGCUUUGCGAGAGACCAGGGUGUGUCGAUACAGAUCUACUACGAACUUGAAUAUGUAUAAUCAUUGUAUGUUCGAUUACCGCAACUUGGUGCAUUGGGGACCAAGAUUAUAUGACCAGAGUGUAAAUUCCUUAAUAUUUCUCUGUUGUACUUGA